UAGGAUUUGUUUUCUCUCAGAGGAUGCCAAUCAUUUGCUCGCACAGAGCAUCUUGGUUUGGUUCUUCGUCCGCCUCAAUCGCUACUCCGUGUGGAUUGGAGGCUUUUCCUCGAAUUUCCACGAAUUUGGGGCAGACCAGAUUGGACUCGAAUGCUCCUCAGUAUUCUGUUCGAAAGUUAUCAUGGUGUUCGCGGAUGCGGGGUCAGCAGCUUACGAGCAAAUCACUAGGCGCGCUGAAUUCUGAAUUGCAGAGAUGUGAGUCACAAGUCAGUGCAUCGAGUCUGAACGUCUACAAUUUUGACCAAGGGGAGGGAGGACAGGGAGGAAAGGACGAUCGUGAGGAGGUGAAGCUGAAAAUCCCUGUCGGGCCCACUGGAAAUUGCCUCGAGCAGACUUUUACUUUCAAGAGAUUACUUGGUCCUUCCAGCGUUUUUGUAGUUGUGACUCUGCGGAAGCCCUUGGGCAUAAUAUUUGAGGCAGUCGAGAGCAGGAACAAGGAGAGAGUAGUGGUUGCCGAAUUGGUUCAGGGAUCUCAUGCCCAGCGUGCUGCCAGGGUGAAUCAGAUGUUCCAGGGAGCAGAUAGUAACAGAAAAUCUUGUGGCGGUGGCGUCAUUCUGAACGGCGACGUAAGACCCGGAGACAUCCUUCGGGCAACCACGACGGUGGGGGUAGUGGUGGAUUUGUUUGGCAUACGAGCUCCUGUACGUGUCAUGAUGCUUCACAAAGCGGAUGGGAGAUGCUGGGAUGACACCAUGGCUGCCCUGAAAGCGAGCUUUGUGGCUGAUGGACCGCUGACACUGGUUCUAGAAAGAGACGUUUGAAAGGAUGCCACUCUUCGGCCAAUUUCGCAUGCAUAGAUCUUCUUAAUAUGGAAUCACUCAGCUUAUGAUGAUUAUUAUCACAUUGUAAAUCUCACGGAACAUUCUUACUUCGCACUUAAUUCAAGGUCCACAAGAAGCACAAAUGUUGGUGUCUUAUAUUUCAAGAGCAAAGUUUCUCAGUCUGCGAUCCUUUGGCAGAGAUGUUCAGGGAUUGCCUGUAUUGCCUCCACAUUAAUGGAUUUUCC